AUGUCUCAAGGUGGGGGACUCCUCGGCGGACUCGUCGGCGCACUCGAUAACACUCUCACAGGCGGCGCCCAAGCAAACGGACAAGGUGGCCUUCUCGGCGGAGUCGGCGGUGCCCUCGGCAAGACAACUGAAGGACUCGGAAACACAUUGAACACUACUGUUCGCGGUGUUGGUGAUGUAGCUGGUGGCGCUACCAACACUGUUGGCAAUGUUGCUGGCGGAGCUACUGGUGCUUUGGGUGGCGUUCUUGGAGGUGUUGGAGGUGCCACUGGAGGAAGCGGUGGAAGUGGUGGUCAACAGUUGAACGCUUGGGGAGAACCCAUCAAGAAGUAA